AUGAAUGUCUCGCUAGUGGCGUAUGGUUUGGCUCCGUCAAUUCUCGCUGCGCUAUUUCGCGCAGGUUUUCGAUAUCAGAAAGACCUUGAGAAUAUUUCAGCCCGUGAUUUAGCUUGUGAAGCAAAGAUUGAUGUGAAAGAUGCAGUAGAAGUGCUGGAGAUUGUACGAAGUGAAGAUAAGGUAGAAGCUGUAGGGGUUACAGCCCUUGAUCUGCUCCAGAAAUUAAGUCAAAGCAAGCCAAUUUCAAUGGGACUGCAGAUGGAUAGAUUGCUGGGUGGUGGCUUGCAACGGGGAGAAGUUACGGAAAUUUGUGGAAGUCCAGGGUCUGGAAAAACGCAGUUCGGGAUUCAUGCUUGCUUAGCUGCUCAGUAUGUUGUAAAUGCGUCUGGGAACCCUUCAUCUGCUAUAUUUAUUGAUAGUGAAGGUAGUUUUAUCGUCGAGCGUGUGGCAUCAAUGGCAGAGCACUUUAUAGCAGAUUUCAGCCAAAUUUGCUCGAAUAAAUUGUCGCGAGAUGAUUUAUUGCGAGGAAUUUCAUACUACAGGGUGCACGAUUUUGUCGAGCAAAUGGAAUGCAAUCUGCUUGUCAUUGAUACGAUUGCUUUUCACUUUCGUCACGGAUUUGAAAAUUACGUCCAAAGAGCACGAGCGCUGGACGAAGUAGCUGUUUUUCUACAUAAUUUAGCUACUGAUUUCAAUAUUGCGAUCGUAUUGAUUAACCACAUCACUACAAAGUCGACUGCGAUCGAUCGACAAAGCUCGCAGGAGCAACCAGCUUUGGGUGACGGCUGGGCUCAUUCUAUUACAAGUCGGAUAGUGUUUGGAUGGGAAACAAACUGUCGAAUUGCUAGUUUGAUCAAGUCGGCCACACUAGCACAUCAUUCUAUCGCUUUUCAAGUAUCGGAGCGAGGAUUACGCGAUGUGAUUGAGGACAAGUAG